AUGCCUCCUCACCAGCCCCCCCAACCCACACCACCACCACCACCACCGCCCCCAUUCGCCGCCAUCGCCUCCCUCGACCCAGACGCCAUGCUCGCGACAGCCCGCGCCAUCCUCGAGCAGAGCGCACGCCUCCACGACCGCCUCGCAGCCACGCUGACCCCGGAGACAGCGACCUUCGCCAACCUGAUCCGCCCGCUCAUCGACGACGCCAACGCCGCCGCCGCGCCGCUGUGCAUGCUGGGCCGGCUGCAGGCCGCCGCGUCGCCGCACGCGACCGUCCGUGCGGCCGCGCGCGAGGUGCAGAAGCUCGCCGACGCGGCGGAGGACGCGCUGUUCGCGCGCGCCGAUCUUGCUGUGCUGGUUGCUGCUGUGCGGCGGCGGGUUGGGCUGUCGUCGUCGUCGGCGGCGGCGGCGGCGGCGCUGUCGUCGUCCGGGCGCGGGGAGGAUAUUGGGCGAGGGCAAGAGUGCGGCCCCGAAGAGAGGUAUCUCGUCGAGUGGUUGUAUGGGCGGUUUGUGCGUGCUGGUGCGGUGGCGGCGGGGGAUGCGAGUGUGGCGGCGCGGGUGUGCGCGUUGAGGGCGGAGGUGAGGGAGCUGUGCCUUGCGGCUGUGGGCGCGCUGGCGGAGGCCGAGGAUGGCAUGUGGUUUACCCGCGAGGAGCUGGAGGGUGUACCCGAGAGCGGGCUGAGCGGGCUGAAGAUGGAAAAGGGCGGGGACACCGGGGGGCAGAGCGACCGGUUCUGGGUCCCAUUCCGCGGCGCGUACGAUGUCAACGUCUUGAGGGACGCGGUGCGGCCGGAGACGAGGCGCAAGUACGAUAUCGCUUCCGACCGGCGCUUUCCUGAGAACGUGGGCGGGCUGGAGAAGAUCAUCGCGCUGAGAGACGAGAUCGCUCGUCUGCUGGGGUAUGCCAAUCAUGCCGGGCUCGCCAUGGAGGAGAAGAUGUCUCGUUCCGUGGACGAAGUGACAAGCCAGCUCCGAGAGAUUCAGCAGCGAUUGCAGCCAAUUCACGACUUGGAGAUCCAACGGUUGCAGUUUCUCAAGUUGCGACAUGUAUCGCAGCAGAAAGGCGGCCGGCUCGACGCGGACGACAAGAAACUCUAUGCCUGGGACUGGGUGUUUUACGCCAGCAAGCAGAGAGCGGAAAGCUACGCGAUCGACGCCAUGAAGGUCGCCGAGUAUUUCGAGGCUGCGCAUACGUUUGCACGAAUGCUGAGAGUCUUCGAACGUCUCUUUGGCUUGGCAUUCGGGGAAAUAGAGACCGUCACUUGGCACGAAGACGUGAGGGUUUACGUCGUCCGCGACAGCGAGAGUGAAGGGGGAGCCUUCCUAGGCUACCUCUACGUCGAGCUUUACAAUCGACCCGGAAAGCAUCAGGGCGACAUGCACAUCCCCGUUCAGCGGGGCUUUGUCGAGGCCUCUGGACUGAGGCAUCAUCCCGUGUCAGUGCUCCUUUGUAAGUUCAAUCGGCCUGCCCCAGCCAAGCCGGCAUUGCUACGGUACGGCCAGGUGAUCACACUGUUCCAUGAGCUGGGGCAUUGCAUCCACAAUCUUGUGUCGCGAACGAAAUACGGUCUCCCUCCGCCUAGAGACUUUGUCGAGAUUCCCAGUUUGGUGUUAGAGCAUUGGGCCUCAGUCCCCGAAGUCCUGAUCAGUCUCUCCAAGCACUACAAGGGGAUCAAGACUGGGCAGACUCCUGACGCCAACCGAAGGAUCUGGGACGGUACGGAAUCGGAAAGUGAAAGCUUGCCGCGCGACCUGGCUGAAUCCGUGGCUCGCGCGAGGUCCGUCAACGAGGCUCAUAUAAUGCUCGUGAUGAUCCACAGGGCUCUCUUCGACUUGACGAUUCAUUCGCCCGCCAAUCACCAGGCUGCUUUGGAGAUGGACACAACCUCGCUAUGGAACGCGAGCCAGAGGGACGUGGUGGGUGUUUGCGUGAGCGAGGAACCGGAUGAGAUGAGUCUUGCACAUGGGGAGUUUGGGCACAUAUUCCGGAAAUACGACGCCGGGUUCUUUGCAUAUCCAAUGUCGGCCGUUUGGGCUGCUGAUCUGUUUACCCAUGCCUUCGGUGACCAGCCAAUGGACCCGGAAGCAGGCAGGAGUGUAAGCCUCACCACCCGGAGAUGA